AUGGAAACAAUGGACUACCUGUCCCCUUACGAUACAUCCACGCUACCAUUUUUUAACGAUUUUCUUGACAUCGAUCUAUUAUCAGCAUCGGACACAGCAGGAAUAGACCAAAAUGAUGAUUGGAUUAAACCUCUAUUGACAGACGAAUUUGAUUAUUUCCAAUUUGACCAACAAACAAAUGCAAGCAUGGGUGACGAUCAUUUUUUAUCAUUAAGUGAUAAUGAUGAUAAACUCUCGAAAUCAUCGUUUUUUAUUGAUGAUUCUUGGAUUACAGCAAAUGAUCUUUUUCCACCAUCUUUAAUGGUAACUAGUGAACAACAAACACCAACAACAACAGGCCAUUCAGAAAUUUUAGAAAUUCAAGAACCAAAAGGGAAAGGAUAUGAACAAGAGCAGUAUUCAAACUCAUUAUUUGUCAAUGGAAAUGAAAUUACAUUCAUUAAUUCAAUUGGAACAGACACAAAUCCACUGGCAGGAAUAACCGCUAAUGAUCUAGCAAGUCUUUUUGAACAAUUUGAAGAACCAAAAGCCAGUGUGGUUAUUAUAGCUGAAGAUGCUACGCGUUGUUCUGAUUUAAAACCAACAACGAGUCUAUGUGAAACUGAUCUACUUCAUCAUCAUCGCACACCUUGUUGUUGUCAAUUUUCUUCUAAUUAUCGUUACACAUCUUCAAAACAAACACGAAGAACAAAUCCCCGUGAAGUUAUUCUAUUUCGUAAUGGUGAAUUUAUCUCCAAGGAACCAGCUAAUAAAGGAUCAGGAUCAACGUCAACAACGGUCUGUUGUCAUCAUCAAUCGACACCACCUUCACUUCAAACAACUACAACUGUUUCCCCGUCAGCUAUUACGGGAACAGGCGUGAAUGCUGUUGCACAAGUUGUUGCAUGUAAUGUAUUAAGACAAGCAACUGCGAAUGAUGCAUUUAUUGAAAAUUUAAAUAAUCUAAAACGUGAACCGGAAGAAAAUGAAUGUUGUUGUAGAGAAAAACAAUCGGUUGAUGUUGCGGCAGCGGCCGCUCGUGCGCAUGCAUCAUGUUUGUAUGAUAAUUCAUCAACAUUGAAAAUAUUAGGUUGUAAUGCAACGGUACCCGUCUCCGUUACACCUUACUUAUCACCAGCUUGCUCUCCAAAACUAGAAUUUUUAACAACCGAUGGUACAAAAAUUAUAGCUGAAACCGAAGAUAAGAAAGAUUUCAAAGAUCGAAUUGACCGACAAUAUGGCUUUUGCCAAACGGCUGACGCGGUGGCUACUACUCAAGUGAUAACAAUUAAAAAGGAAAUAAAGCAAGAACCACAAAUACCGACGACAGCAACUCUCAUUUCUUAUCCUCCGAAACCAAAAGUAAAUUUAUUACCAAAGACACCUCUGCCAUUACAAACUGUACCUACAUCAGUGGCCAUAUUCAAAACAGUGAAAAAACCAAUAAACAAAACUUUAAAUAGAAUCCAGCAUGGCUAUGUCACAUUCUCAGAUGCCAAUAGUGCGUCGAUUGCACUUCAACAUGUAAACGAUGGUUACAAUGGAUAUCAACGGUUUCAGCGUAUGCAUAUUGGUGGAAAUACAGUAACAAAUCUUCAUAUGAAUCAUAAUAUUAAACGUCGUUUUACUGAUCAACAAGCGAAACAAGAAGAUCAAGAUGCAAUUGAAAAUUUAAAAAGCGUUCUGUCAUCUUACGAUAAUAAACAUCUUUGUUUCGAUACAUUAACGCCACCUGGAACUCCGAUAUCCCCUCAAACUCAAUAUCAGUUAUUUAUACCAAAAUUAGAGCAACAUCAACAAAAACCGUUAGCCACGACAAGAGAUAUUACUCAUAUCAUUGUGGAUCCAUUCAGUGUUUUAGCCGCAUCAAAGCCGCGAACAAUAACAGUUGUUAAAAACAAAUAG